CGCGCGCAGGUCGACCGGGCGGGAUUGGGGGCGGCGGUGGUGUAUUUGGAGCAGAAGGAUCAGUAUCGCUUUCGCGUGCGAGAAGAGUCGUUAAUAUAGGGCGAUUGGAGGGAGGCGAUGAUGGAAAUCAAAAAAGCAACCAAAAUCAAAUCAAUAGUAGUUUUUUUUUUUCUCAUGACGAUCCAUCGUGGCGUAGCUCGUGUUGGGCGGUUAUAAUUAGCAGGGCCAUCCUGAUCUUCCUUUGCUCUCUCAUCUUUCUCUCUUUCUCUCUCUCUCUGUCUCUCUCUUUUCCCCUCUUCCCUCGCGCUUUUUUUCUCCCCCCUCUCUCCUUCUCCCCCACCCUUCUCCAUGCCAUUCUUCAGCAGGAAGAGCAAAUCUCGGUCUCGUUUUUCUGCCUCUGCCAUCAAGUCCGUCGACAAUCUCUCCAACCCUCCUCCGUCUGACACUCUCGUCUACCAUCGUCGGUUCUCCGACGCUCGUCUUCCUGUUUACAAUAACGACCCUCAGCCCCCGCUCCCGCCGCCUCAACGAGACCAACAGCCGCCCUCCUCGUCGAAUCCCGCCCGCUCAGUCCAUCGGUCCCAGACUCAUCGUCAUUCUAAUCACUAUCCCGACCGAUCGUCGGUCCCUGCGUCGUGGCCAGAGCCCACUUCCGAAGAACAGCUGGCUUUGGCCCCCAAUCACGAACACCACCACGCACCACCUGCCAUCGACAAUAAUAUUAGCAACAAGGAGACGCCGCGCAAGCUGAAGAAGAAUAUUUUUAAUCUGCACUCUUCGUCAUCUGGAAGUACCCCGUCUUUUCUGGAACGUGGGUUAUCGGUGAAGAGGCCGUCUUAUCAUCAUCGGCAGCAACACAAACAACAACAACAACAACAACAACAACCACAAAAAACCCCACCUCCACCGUCAUCACCGGUGCCCUCGUCUGUCAAGAAAUCCAGCAUUUUAGAUGCGCCAGACACACACAGCAAUCUAAAGCAGAUGCCACAGAACGUUCUCUCACAUGAUUCUUCGCGCCCCAGCAUCCAACAACAGCAACAACCACAACGUCCGCCCCGCUCACCACAACAGCCCCCAUCUCUCCAGCGCUCCAACACCACUUCCACUAUCGACCAACUCCAGAAUCCAUCCGCCGUCGAUCUUCCUUCCGGCGCUCCACGUUUGGAUCCUUCAUUGAGUGCUCGAACCCCUUACCAGCAGUCUAUAGGACCUCCUUCCCCUUUGUCUUCCAGUACCUCCCAGUCCAUCCGUCCUGAAUCUCCCCCUCAGGGUUCUAUUCCGUACCGGAAUUCCAGUGACAUGGCAGGUCCCGAACGUCAGACUGGACCCCCUCCACAGGGUCAGGGCCAAUCCCAGAAUUCUCAGCCUAGUGGUCAUUCACCUUAUCCGUCUAUUUCCCAGGAGUCGAGCUUCAAGGGAAAUGCGUCGCAGCAGAGUAUCCAGGAGCAGCAGGGACGGAGUACACCGACUCCGUCGACUAGAGAAAGACGGGAUCGGGAUGAUGGAGAUAUCGAUGUUCGAACUUUGUUGCAGAAGCAUGAUGAACUACAGGCCAAAUAUUCCAAAGUGAAACGGUACUACUUUGAAAAGGAGGCCCAGGUCCAGCAUCUACAGAAUACUGUGGCCCACCAGCGUAUGGCAGUCUCCCGUACAGUCCUCGAUGACAACGAAUAUGCCAAUCGAUUCAACCGCGUGGAUGGAGCCAUUAAAGACCUGGCGUUCUCGGUUCGCAAAGACUGGAAGUGCUUGCCCCCCUGGAUGGCUGGAUACGUCAACGAAGAUGCGCACACCGUAGGCACCAAAGAGAUGCUGGCCAUCGGACGGGCGGUGAUGAGUCGCUGGGUGGUGGACGAAAUCUUCCAUCGCCACUUCCAUCCUGCCCUGGAGCCCAAUUUCAGCAUCCAGCUGAAGGCCAUCGAGAUGAAUCUUCGAAGGCAGCAGACCAAAACCUACAGCGAAGAAGACAAAGAGAAUGCGAUCGCCCGGAUCUCCAACUGGCGCCGGACAACCUUUGAUGGGUUGACAGACUUGCUGCAGGGACCAAAGGCAGACGAGAACCGGGUGCAACUCAUUGACCACCUGGUCUCUAAGCUCGUCGCAAACCUGGAGUUGAACCUGAAAGAACCCCCGCCACCAGGCCUGGAUGCCGGAGCGCGGAUGAUCGUGGAGAACGCCGUUGGAAUCGCAGACAAGAUCCCGCUGGAGUCGCGAGAUGUGUGUAUAGAAUACUACUUGCCGGGAACGAUGGUCAAUGAGACCAACAUGAAGAUUGAAGUCGGGCUGCCACCAGUGACCAAUGCUGCCGCUCCUCCCCCUGCACGGGUGUCAGUGGACAAAGACGGACAAGGACACGAUGAAGCCGAGAAUGGGGAACGCGAGUCGCCUCCGGGAUCGACGAACACCUCGCCCAUGGAAGGCAGCUCGGGUCCAUCACCAAACCGGGAGCAGUAUAAGAAGAAGUCCAUGCUCAGUUCGUUUAUGAGUAAGAAACAGGGCGGCGGUGCACCGACAGAACCGCCCCGAUCUCCAACCGUGGCCAGCAAACCGAGCAAGGACGAGGAGCGAGUCAUUCGAUUUUCGUCGUUCCUGAGCGCCGAGGUACGAGGCAAGGGACCGAUGAAUGUGUUGAUCAAGGCGCCGGUGUAUGUAAUGGAGUAAUCAUUGUUUAUAUGAUGAGUUAUGACAAUGUAUAUGAUUUGUACCUAAAACUACAUACUAUACAGGAGGGGGGUUCAAGUCCAAACCCUCGACGGUCAGUUUGAAAGCGUCAUUUCUCGAGUAACUGCCCGCGACAUCGAGGUCAAGUCGACCACGAUCACAAUCAUCGAUAUCAAUCUCAGAGACGACCAGA